GGUGAGCUGGGGGCGGUGGGCGUGAGCGGCUCCAAUCCCCUUACCAGUUGACCGCAAGGGUGUUGGGAUGAGGGUACUAGGGCUGGCUGAAGAUUGUGGCUGUCGACCUAAUACAUAAAGCCCAAGCUCCUGCGCUUCGCUCCUGUAGUGACUGCUUGUUGCCCAAAACCCUCGAUGACCGGGCUGUGAGGACCGUGGUUGCGUUGGCUAUAUGCUGGCUUUGCGAUACCAAUGUUUCUGGGAAGACACGGUCCUGUCGCCUGUUCCUUGCCCGAGUCUCCUAAUUGUUCGUCGUAAAUGACUCAUCCCGUUUGGUUUCUGAACAGGAAGACCUCCGUUUAUGUGUUUAUCUUAUGUGACGUAUCCGUUAUGCGUCUUUCAAUCUGUCUCUCGAGGACUGUCUUGUCAUUGAGAAGCCUUCUGGUCGAAUACCCAUCCUCCCCGCUGGCUGCUGAAGUCUUUCAAGUUGUCCCCUAGGUACGAGUCACGGCCAUAUUCGAGGUUUCUCGUCUUUUGUCUUGGAUAUUGGCUUCGAGGUCGUUAUUUUGCUAUUGCCAUCUGUUUGAUGCCGAUCCCUUCACCCCUUUCUGAUCCCUUCUUCCUUCCUUGAGUCGAAAACAACGGUCAUCAUCACCCUCUGUAGCCAUAAGAAAUUGGAACAUAAAAGCAAGGUGACAGUCUGUAUUCUUUAUAUCUCUCUGCCUUCUCCUCUCCUGGCCCCCUGCCGCCUUCUUUUGCCUUGUUUCUUCCCGAGGUCCUCGAGUCCCGUCAUGAAGCUGACCACCCUCAAUCAACACCAUACACAGCCGCAGUGUCUUCUUUCUAGCCACAACACACCGGGCGUCGUUUAGCCAAAUUUUGCUUUCUCAUAACCUCUACUUUAUCUCAAACUUGACGGCUCACCAUAGCGGUGAGGCUGAUUCUUUUUGUGACAACAACGACAACGAGGCUGAAGUGACAUCUUGAUAGCCGAUAAGAAAGACGUCACAACAAAAGCCUCACCAAAAGCUCAACUUGAGCCGGCGUCUGAGAGUUGACCGAGGCUAAAACACCAGAAACAAACUCCUCCCGCAACCUCAAACUGCGGCCAGUGUGAGAGAUGACAGUGAGGUCAGCUGACUUAGGACUUGUCCAAGAAGACGAGCCCAGAGCAGCACACAGACAGAGAGACACAGGAGUGUGAACCUACGCUGAUCCCUUCCAGAAACCCCCAGAUCCUUUCCCAAACCACCUCACCAUCCCAUCUCUUCAUCUCAUCUUCUUGACCACUACCACCCAUCACCUCAUCCCCCAUCAGAUCACCACAUCAAAGCCCUGUCCCUGUCCCCCUCUCAUUUCACAUCCCAAUUCCUUCUACUGCAUCUGGAACAUCUCGAACACACAAUCCGAUAUCCGAUCCGCUCUAGAUCUCUUCUUUCGAGAAGACUUUCCAUCCCGACGGGAAGAAGAUGUCGCAUGAAUCGGAUAUCCUCAUCAAGCAGCAUCCGUCCUUCACCUUACACCAGAUGCUGCAGCAACGGGAUGAUUUCCCGCUUUCUAUGCUGCGUGGCAAGCAAGGAUAGACCUAGUUCCGACGUCGCCUUCCUCUGCUCUACUGGAGUCCCAUCUGUCACCAAAGGAAAAUGGCAUGUGUGUAUGCCAUCAAGACGUCUGUGCCAUCUACCACUUGGUAUGCGGUCAUUUCCCGCCGUCACAGUGUCUUCCAGAUCAAGACCCCGACGCAACUUCACUGCCGUCAUGAAAGAGUAAUUGCUGCGCGGGCUUGGGCACACUGCAAAGGCGAGAAGGAAGAUCAUCAUACCCUCCCUCAACCUCACCGGCCGACUCCGAUGAGCAACAGUGCCCGUCCCAACGGCAGUGACCCAGAUCCUUGAUCGUCUCCUCAGGUUGAGAUGAACAUCAGAUGGUAACCUAACGACAGAAAAAGGGGUAAUAAACAAUACCGUUAUUGUUUGGCAAGGACAGGCCAGUUCAUUCUGAAGCUGCCUUCUCGAACUGUGUGAACGGACUUCGCCGUAGAGGUAACCAACCAACCCAGCGGUGGCAAGAGAGCAAAGAAAGAAAGAAAGCAUUGAACCGAAUGUCCGCUCUUGCACCCCCCCUUCCCCUCGAGCCCCAGUCCCUGCCGCAGAACAAACUGCUUUGCCUUCCCAAGAUCACGGGAUAGAUAUGCGCAGCAGCAGAGCAACACCGACCAGCGAUUGGAUCGGCAUCUCCCAUUCCAAAACGCGGAUCUGGUCUGGGGGAAGUCUGCCGUUGAGUUGCCGCGUCCCUCUGUCUGCUUUUGAGCCGCUUCUCUCCUACAACUCUCCCUCACCCACCCACCAGCCACACCAGAGACAAAAAAAAAGGAGAGCCUCAUGAUAUUUACCAGCCGUCUGUCCCAAACCGGAUAUCACAACCGACCAUUUCACGAGCCUGGGAGGAUUAUUACCAACCAACUGAACGAGAUAACUUCCGCUGUUUUCCAACGAUGAAGCCAAAAAAAAAAAAAAAAAAAAAAGGGGAGGGGGGGACCAGAACUGAGACCUCAGGUGAGGGAAGCAUGCAAAGACAAGGUCAGGGGCGGGACGGCAAGCAGCAAUGAACCUAUACCGAGGCACCGAGGCACCGAGGGAAUGAAAAUAAUGAGACCGUGUAUCUCCAUGCUGUUGGAAAUCUGCAAAGACGGCUUGGGGAUGUCAUAGCGGGCAGGAGGGCGAUGCGGUCAACUCCCAAGAUGCAACAACGACAACGAUGAUGAUUGUCGAUGACAAAGUAUCUACGUAGAUGCAACGUGAUCUAACAACAAAAUGUCCAAAAUGGUAAUCUUCUGGAAAGAAGGAUGUCAGAUCCACCUUACCUAUCGAUAUGCCAUCCAAAGGGUUCAAUUCAAAAUGAGUUUAUAAUGCGUCGAGUACCUAGAUGGUAGGUGGUCGGAAGUCGAAAAGCUACGUGGCGAAUGCCAGCCAAGAACUGUGGCUCUUUGAAACGACGGAGCUAUUCUGGCUGAUGUUCAUUCAUGCGGAGCUACCAGCAGUAUACGUAGCAAAAGUUCAGACGAUGGCUUUGGGUUCGGUAUGAACGGUGGUCCCCUUCGAAGAGAGAGAUGAACGGUGGAUGUUUGAUCAACUUGCUGUUUUGUGGAUUACGUUAUUCCCACCCAUUCGAAUCAUUGCGGGGUGACCCUUGCUUCCCGCUCUUGAACUGCUGGCUGUCGUCUUCUCAUUGUUUCGUGGGCACCGGCAGACGGCAGAUAUCUGCAGAGCACAGGCGAACUCGAAACACAGACUGUGUCAGUCCAGUCAACUUCUGCCGCUCUCUUGGACUUUCCGUUGUGCAGUUCCAACGUUGCUUCACCGGCCCUCCGACUGUCGAUACAAGAGGCAUGGCGGGCAUUGUGCUCGACGUCUUGUUGCAGUGCUAAGAGGCAGUAGCUGUCGUUGCGUUGCUUUGCAAACCAAGCUGCCAUGGAACUUUACUUGAUGGAGAACGGAGCAAGCCCUCUCCCACGACAUCCAAAACAUGCAUCUAGGUGGAUACCUUUAUCAAUUCCUCCCAGGCAGCGGCAAUGUCUAGGUGAUCAGGACGUGCCUCUGCAUGUAUGUGUAAUCGCCAGGGUGCUGUGCUGCUUCUGACCCAAAUGGGACGACAGAUCUGCUCGGAGAAUAUCUCGUGAUGUGUCUUGUAGACAGAACCCUAGGAUGAGGUGGGCCAUCAUCAAGAUCAUGUGCUGCUUCCCCUCACUCUUGCCAGCGACAAUCCCUCGAGCUAUCUGGACUGGGUUGAUGAUCACAGCCUCGGAACCACAGUGGUCGCCAACACAUGUUCUCUAGCCGUCCAGGGUACUGCGAUCCCCAGGAUGGUGCUUUAAAGGAACGCUCUCGGAAUACCACCCAACUCUCUUUCCCCGCAAAACCCCUCCUGGGCUUAAGCUUUGAAGAUCGUACAAGUGCCGUACGAGGCCGGUAGGAUGGGACUUUAGGCGGAGCACCCUUCCGUAUCGAGCUGUGGCGUCUCGCUGACUACCACUACAGCACGAGGGAACGGGACUUCACGCCCGGAGCAAAGUAUUACCGUUUUCGACACCCUGUUCGCCUUGACCUUGAUCUUCACCUUGUUUGACCUUUGGGUCUGGAUUAGUUUGGCUCUUAACCUCUGCUGAACCAUCGAAGAUAGGUACUUCCGGUCCCCUGCGUACAAUCUGAUUCAGUUCCAACUGAGACCAGCUUCCGGCAAAGCCCCCUCAAGCCGUACGGGAGAACCGUAGGUAUUGAUCACGGUGCCAUGACUGUCAUCUCCAGGGGUAUUGUCAGGGCAUCUCUUGAUUGCGAUAGCCCCCCGCUGUCACGCUUGAGAUCUGCCGGUGUUCUAGUGCAUGUCAAACUAGUACUAAUGCUUCUCUUCGGAGCUUUUCUCGACGGGCUAUUGACUUUGUCGAAGCGUGGUCCCUGACCGUGGAACACAAUGCGAGACAUCGGUCACCAAGAACCACGGUCUAGCCUCUGAAAUGGCGACUCUGCAUGCAGUGAUCAAGGUCUGUUGAUGUCGCCGCGGCGACCUUGCAAAUUACGCCGUAGAUUAAAUCCAAUAUCAGACCGCUCUGCUCUUCCGACGAUAAAGACGAUGGAGCGUCUGCUGUAGAGAACGCGGCGCCUAACUAACCCACGUUCGGCUCUGUCAAGCGCCUUCCGCCGCCAGACCUCGAGGUGUGUUCGUCGUAACAGUAGCUGGGGGAAGUGGUAGCUGUCACCAUAUCCAGCCACUCGUUCAUCGGCACACCGCACGUGGUGUUAAACUGCAUGCAUGUCUCAUCCAUUUUCCCGACGUGAUCACCGCGGGUUAGAAUCCGCGAACACCAUGCAACGAAAUUGGCAGUUUGUUGGUAGAGGAUGUAUGGCAUUCUACCACCUGGUCAUAACAAACACCUCCGGCGUUGGAGAUAGAUAGCCACGAUGGCAGCCGUUCCCGGCGUCAAAGAUAUGGUCGCACCAAGGAACCGCCUGUCGACCAGGUUCAUCGCCUACGUACCUGCUUGACACCUGCAGCUCAGGUACGCAAGAGUGCGGGACAGCGUGCCGCUGACUGAUCGCCGCUGCCGUCCUGAGGCCGUCUUGUCCGCUGGGGAAUAGACGGCCCCGGGAACUGGAAGCUUUUCUGGAAAGCCGGCCCCUUUAUUUUAUCUUUGUUGAUCUGCAAAACUGAAGCCCAUGAAGCUAGGUGGUGGUCAGCUAGAUCUCGGAAGCGCUUCAACCACUCUUCAGAUGAAGACUGAUGCCGACCACGGACGACACGUAACCUAGUGAUAUCCAGAUCCCAUGAUCUUGCCGGAAACAAUGCCGCUGUCUUGGCACAGGAUAGGUUCGGUCUGCGGAGAACAGCUUGAUGGCCACGAAAGGAAGGUGAGUAGAACCUAUUAAUGAGGUCCGGUCUUCCGACUCAAAGAUUGUCGCUUCAGGAGGACAGGGUUCACACACAUGUGUUGUGGCCAGAUGGAAAGACGGUCCCUGUUCCGUAAAGUGCAGCGGGGUGUGCCAACAUGUAAUAUAUGGUUACCCCAGAACCGAUCAACAGAACGCACCUUUACGGGUAGAUACCGACUGCAGUCUGUCCCCAAAACAGCGUAGAAGAGGCGAGACAAUAUAAGAUGUUGGAUUCUUUCCAUGUGGCAGGGGGGCUCCGGCAGCUGUCUGACCUGGGCAGCUCUGUCUGUCGAUGUUGUAUUGUUGUAUCGUCCCCGCGGGAGCUGGGUAGCGGGGUACAGCGGAGACUUUGAUCGGCAGCUGCCGAUGACACCCCAACAGGGUUGAUGGGUGUAGCGAGGAGAACACCACAUUGACUACCCAUCCAUAGUUUGUGGGCUUGUGUGUUCGCAGCCAGGAGUCUGAAGGAUUGCUGCGAGACGGAGCAGGAGAGCAAGGAAGAGUACUUGUCAGACACUCUCACUCAAGCCCAAUUCCCAAAGCCCGGCGAAGACUAAGCGCCAUCCGCGUGGUUGAGGCUCGCUUUGAAAUUCCAUAUUAGGAGUGUUAAUUCACGUCCUGCUGGAGGAACAGUUGUGUUUGAUGGCUGAGCCGGCGGAAGCGGGCUUUUUUGUUUGUGCAGUAAGUUGUCGUUUGAGAACUUGGAUUGAAACAGUCUGGAAGGCUGGCAUACAGCGGACUAACUCCUGUGGCUCGCGCACGCCACGUGGGAGCCACGGAAGAAAGGGAGCUUCCCCAGAACAGAGUAGGUACCACCUGCAAGUCGAACGUAUCCGAAUCGAGUUCCCAUGCAAGUACAUGCUUCGACUGUGGUUCCGACCGCGACACGGCCUUUCAGGUUGUACAUGUCUCUUCUUUCUAUGGCCACUUGAGGAGUGAAUAUUUGUCGCUGGUCUGCAGUCGGCAGAAGAAAGUGAUCACCUCUGAUGGUAAGAAACUUUUGUCGACGUUCUUGUCGUCGAUGUGGACGGGGUUUCGGGGCACGCUCCUGCAGUGGGCCUUUUUGGAGAAGCAUCAUUGGUUGACGGCCGCUCGGAACCAGACUUGGACCAAGAGGUCGUUUGGUUUGCUGGCCAAUCAGGGGCAUGUAAACAUCUCAACGGUGUGGGCACGAUCUUGCGUGCAUGUGGAGUUUCGGUCCGCCGGCCGUUGAAGGAUGCGCUACGCUAGGAUGGUGACGACCCCGGUUCCCGUUGAAAGAAGAAAGCCGAUUUGGUGGCGCACACGGCGUCCGGCUCCUGCCCGACUUGUCUGUUGUUGGUGGUCUCCCGGCGUCAUCGAUCAAAUAGUUAAGAUGGCCGGCCUCCCUCGGUGAUGAGUUGUAGGUUGGCACCCGAGAGAGCAUUGACAAUGCGCCUCCGUCAUCUCACCGCUCGGUGAGAACUGGAUUGCACACAGACUCUGCUUGUUCUAGCGUGAGGUCUGGUGGUGUGUGUGGGUGACAUGUGGCGCCGGUCUCGACCAAGGUUUGUGCAACAAUCAAGGGGCGGCACUUGCGGAGGAGUGUUCCGCGCGCCGUGUGCUCCGCCGGUACCAGUCACCCCCAGGCCAGCCAUAAUCCGAGUGUAUGCAGCUGAACACACAGGAGACACAACGAGGUCCUGGGAGCUUUGAGGCGGCGCGGAUGUCCCCAAUCAGUACCGCAGCCAGAGUCUGAUCUUGACCAUGUUGGCAAUCUGGCGAUCCAGGUACCGACUGAGGCAAGGCUGCACAGCGACACCAAGGUGGUAAGGUGUCAUGGUCCAUACUGCACUUCUCGGUGGUGAAGAGCGGCAGUGGUAGCCAGGUGUUGGAUGUGCAAGCAGAGUAGGGGACUGUUGGUGUUUGACGGCAGUCAUAUUGUCGGGACCGAAGAAGGGGCGUAGCAAGAAAGUUGUUCAUCGCUGUCUAUGUGGUUUUUGUCGUCAGUAAGCCGGGAUAACUCUUACAACAAUAUUUUGUUAUGAUCUCGCCUCUGUACUCGUAUUCCUACUCCGCGCUAGACUUUCUUAGACAGACCGGAAUGCCGCUGCCGGGGGCUAGUCGCCGUUGAAAUGACACUGUGUUUUUGGUCCCAAGGGGAAGUCUUGAGAUGCGUGCAUACAUUUAGAUUGCGGACUAGUACUAUUGGUUCCCGGACAUCAGGUCUGUUUCAACAAACUAGUCUUCCUCCUUCGCUGCUAUCUCGGCCGAUAAUUGACGACAUAAGGUUUCCGAUAUUGGCAUGCCGCCUGGAGUUGGAUGUCAUAGCAGAUGCGCCAACCGGUUUUGCAAUUUCGAGGAAGACGAUUCGGGAAACAUCUGCGGAGAGAAAGAAAUACUGAACAAUCAGGUGUUUGUGAAAGGUAAUGUCAUGUGGCACCACAAGUCGCCUUUCAUGGUUGUCAAUGCAACUGGGAUCGACGAAGGAGGGGAUGGGAAACAACAAAAAAUUUCGCCUUCGCGUAAUGAAGUUGCUAUGCAUCUCCAAUGGCCGGAGCUUUGCGGAUGCUCCCAACCGACGACAAGUUGGGGAAUCGGAGAUGCAGGUCACCUCAGACUCAGAGAGUGCGAUGCGAAAGAAUGUCCCUUCCAUGCUACAGUCAGUCAGUCAGUCAGUCGAUCUACUCCUUCCUUGAGAACCUGUAUCUAGGACACGGUGGUGAACUGAGUGGGAGUUCCUUGGAAUAUCAACCUGGAAUGUUGAGCAAGAGGCAAGUGCUGCCCGCUUCCAAGGUUGUUGAAGAAUUGAGAGGGAGCAACCCUACCUGUAGAAAAUUCCACCAUUCAAGCCUAGUGACAAGCCCCGAUCGAAGUGGGCGUCGCUUGGCGAAUGCUUUCCUUUCUUGGCUUGACGAGCCCCCAUCUUUUCAUCUGCCAUCUGCCGUGCUCCAUCGACAAGGCCCGAAUCUCGACACCCAUUCCGUAGCCCACAAUCUCAGCUGGGCAAGCUGGGCGUCCAAUCGAUAUCCUCUGCGUCAAAGUGCAUCAAGCGCAUCAUGUUACCUGCCACUCAGCGUCACUGAUGUCUGUCAUAUCUGUCACUGACACAGGCACUCUGCCAGGCCGGUCUCAGGUCGCCACCAUGUACAUAUCGUCAUCUCCGUGAUCGCCCUCCAACAUACACUAUGAUGUACCAAAUACGGAGUCACUACUCUCUUGGACGAACGCAAUAUCAGACCCCUUUCUGGACCGUCCCCUGUGGUGGCUGGAGUCGCCCGACACACAAGGAACGCUUUCCUGCUGCCUCCGUCCCCAGAUGCUUAACAGCAGGCACAUAUACCUAACGUCUUAUACUUACCAUGGCGCGGAAUAACAGGCGGACCUAUGGCGUCUAGCGGGACGGAUCUGGAUGGACGUUUGAGCAAGUCUGCGGUACGAUAGCUCUUCCGCUUGUCCAGGGCGUGAGGAGAAGUCGAUGGCAACCCUGAGCGACAGGGGUGGCAGUAGAUGUGCAGCAAAAGCACGCAGGACGUGCAGCGGCUCUGCAGCAAGAGACCCCUCGAGUAACUCUUCCGAAAGAGGGAGAUUUGGUUGCUACUCGUCACUCGCUACAUUGUCAUUUGGUGGUGGUGGUGGUGGUGGUCGAGAGGCAAGAGAUCCAUGGGUGCCGGAUCAUGGAUGGCCAACCGACGCAGUUUGGUUCUGAAAAUCUGAAAGCUCCGAAGCUCCAUUACGGCAUCACCCAUGACAGCUUUGUUGGCCGACCCCAUCUUUUCUCCCCGGCUCCCCCAGUGCUCCCCAGACUUGCCGCCCCAGCUUCCCCAGCUGCUGGCGGUGGGCAGCACCCACAGAAAAAAAAUCCCCAGCACAAUGAGGUGAUGACUGUCCCUCGGCGACACUCUGGCCGAGCGAAAGCGAUGCCAAGGCCACUAUGAGCGGGGAUGGCACAGUCCACACGCGCCAGCAGCAUGCUUCUCCGCCGCUUCCAGUGCCAUCGUCUGCGCAAUUUGUCAAUUUUCUAAGUGGAGGCUCGACACCUUCAACCUGAAGCGAUGAACCGCAGCAUCCAGGGUGGAGUGUUGCAGGCGUUUUGCGAGGAGCGAACCCUCCUUCAGCGCCUGCCAUCGCCUGUGCCGAGCGGCCCAGUGCCAGGAGGGCAACCCCAGGGCAGGGCAGACGAGGACGACCCUCAUCGGAGUGUUUCUGUGGGCAAGAAACAGCUCGUCAGGAGUGCCAGGUGCCUGCCGCAUGCCGUCUUCGCAACCUUCAUGCUGGCACUACGACGAUAGCGUCGUCGACUUUCUCCACCAAGACCAGCUUCUGGGACCCCUGCCCUGAUGGGCCAUCCUUGUCUUGGGUUGCUCCAGACUGGCUGGCAGAUGAAGACGAGGCCCAUAUAUCCUCAAGCAGACCCUGAGGUGCCCGUUUCCCCAGAGUUGCUGCUGUUGCCUUUCUUCCACACGACGCUACCCGCCCCGCGCUCCCACCGCACACCUCGCUCACCCCCAUAUGCCUCCCGUCCCGCCGCUUAUAUUGCGAGGGCAAUAUAAAGUUGAUACUUGAUAUUGUGCUGAACCAGAACCUCGCGCCCCGGUCACCAAUCGUAGCCGGCCUGAUCAACAAGCUCAACCGCGGCUUUCCUGCUCUGUAUGCACGCCAAGCAGACAAUACAGACUCGCAGAAAGUACCCUGGGGAAGCAGGAACAGCUCGAGAAAAAUUACCGACUUGCUACCUUGCUCGAUUUGGAUAUCCUUUUGUCCUUUUGGCGCGCCUGUCUCGCUCCGGCCCCUCUUCAACACUAUACGGCAUAUCGUCAGAGACUGAGAGGCCGACAAAGCCAUCUCGUUCGUGACGGUCCACCGGGAAGACAGACAGACGAACGACACAUCUGAGGCCUUCGGGAAGACGUACCUCAGGUCGGCUUUUUGGGUUCUAGGGGUUCGGGCAGAGCUUGAGAAACACGCUCCGGACUUGUCCAGCAACCACAACCGGCCCAGCCGUUCCUCGUCUUCACACCCCCCUCCUCUUGACCCGUCUCCUUGUACGUUGAAGAUCCAUCUUCCCUGCCCUCCACGUUCUCGACAAGGCCCGUUUACAUGCCGUCACGCCCUGUCGGUUGGCCUGCCGUCUGCUCCUGUCUCCCACACCCCAACCCCGCCAUGCGGGUUCCUCCUCGCUGCACCCAUCUUGCAGAUGGCCGUGCCGCCUUCUUUCAUAACCGCGUUGAUCCCCUCCCACUGUUUUGGUCUCUGUUAUGCUCUUCUGCAGACCGUUAAUGCUCAUGCUGGUUACUGACCAUUCCCUACAGGGAAGCUCACUUCGGUCCGUCAGACUGCCGCUGGUCGUUAUACUCCCGGCAGCUCAUCAGCUUCCAACCGCCAAGGGGAGAUAUAGAAGCUCCCACUUCCCCAUCCUGGACCUUGACGACUCCUUCUUGUCGUCUCUCCUCGCUACCCAUCACAGACGUGGCUACGCUUCAACCAACUGCCUGCACUCGCUCGAGGCCGUCCGUCUUUAUAUCCUCUAAUUCACGAUCUUGACGAUCGUCAACCCCUUAUUUCUUAAUCCGAACACCCUCCUCACCGCCACCACGCUUUACUCAGAAGACAACAACGCCAGCCGUCAAGAUGUUAUCCAAUCCUCUCCACCGGUUUUCUCCUUACCAUGCCAUCCCCGCGAACACACUCAUGUCUAAUGGCCACGUUCCGGGAGGCCAUCUUCAUCCGGGUGGACUCGAUGGCUUAGCUCCCGGAUCGCACUACGCCCUCCAGCAGCUUCAACAACACGUCGGUGUUCACAAUCCACACCUCGCCAGAGCAGGGUCUCAGCAAAAGCACAGGCAGCACCCAUAUGGUCCUUCCUCAAGGGCUACAGGGGCGGCGGGUCCUAUCCGCAGGAGAAUUAGCAGAGCUUGUGAUCAAUGCAACCAGCUUCGGACAAAGUGCGACGGCCAGCACCCCUGCGCCCAUUGCAUUGAAUUUGGCCUUGGCUGCGAAUACAUCCGGGAACGCAAAAAGCGAGGAAAAGCUUCCAGAAAGGAUCUGGCACAACAAGCCGCACAGCAAGCUGCCGCGGCCGCCUCUUCAAACGGUCAAAAAUCCCCAAGCCAAGGAGGCGAGAACGGGCAGGCCACCGAGAACGGAAGCGAUACCCCAAGUACCACAAAGCAGGAACGUCAGUCAAGCUCGGAUGAGAAGCCGGGAAACGAUGCCGAGGAGGCGAUUAGAAGCCAACGAACAGGGAGCAUGGACAGCUUGGCCGAGAUUGCCGCUCAUCAGGCUCACAUGACGAGCCACCCUGGCGCUAUGGAUCGCGAUCAUUUGGACAGCCCAUCAGCAUUGGACCUGAACGGCUAUGGCAGUGUUCACCCGGCAUACGAGCGUCAGAUGGGAGGCCACAUGAUGAACGGCCCUCCUCAUGCUGCGUACGGCUCCGCCCAGAGCGGCAUGUCGAGCUACCCUGACCUUCCGUACGCUCUACAAACCCAGAGCCCAACUGGCUACUCAGCAGGUGGCCCCAAUGGCUUCCGCCUCGGAAACAGCCCUCUUAGCGCUUAUCCUAUGGGCGGAGAGCCAACAUCGCCCGGAUGGAUGAACAUGUCAUCACCACCUCCACAAUUUGCCUCGCACGUACCGCAAAACAAUUAUAGCCACUCGCCGCUGCGGUAUCCGGUUUUGGAGCCGCUGGUUCCGCAUCUGGGCAACAUGAUUCCGCUCUCCUUGGCCUGCGAUCUCAUUGAUCUCUACUUUGCGAGCUCAUCAUCAGCCCAGAUGCACCCCAUGUCGCCAUACGUUCUGGGGUUCGUGUUCCGAAAACGGUCGUUCCUGCACCCUACUAAGCCUCGUCAGUGCCAACCAGCUCUCUUAGCAAGCAUGCUUUGGGUUGCUGCCCAAACCAGCGAAGCUCCUUUCUUGACGAGCGUCCCCUCGGCGCGCGGCAAGAUUUGCCAGAAGCUUCUUGAGCUCACCGUCAGUCUGCUCAAGCCCUUGAUCCACACGCCCUCCGAAGAGGCGUCGCCAGUCUCGAGCCCCAUUGUGGAUGGUGUGGCCCUAGGCGGUCUCGGUGUGGCGCUUCCUGGCUCCAUCAGCAUGGACGCUCUCACAGGCGAGUCCGGGGCGUUCGGCGCUGCCGGCUCUCUUGACGAUGUGGUUACCUACAUCCACCUGGCCACAGUGGUCUCUGCCAGCGAAUACAAGGGCGCCAGUCUUCGGUGGUGGAACGCCGCUUGGUCAUUGGCCCGUGAGCUCAAGCUCGGUCGCGAGCUGCCUCAAAACGCUCCAUCCACCCGUCAGGGCGGCUCUACCGACAGCGAAGAAGGCGAAGAGCGUGGAGAGAUUGGGAGUCUUCAGGGAGUUAUCACGGAAGAGGAGCGUGAGGAAAGACGACGGAUCUGGUGGAUCGUCUACAUUGUUGACCGCCACCUCGCUCUCUGCUACAAUCGCCCCCUGUUCCUCCUUGAUAUUGAGUGCGAUGGUCUGUAUCAGCCAAUGGACGACACCGACUAUCAAAACGGCAUUUUCCAUGCCUACACGGACCCCAAUGUGCUCGCUUCAGACCCCGAGUCUUCUCAAAGCGUUCGCGGCCGAGGGCCCUGCUUCGAAUGCACAGGCCACAGCAUCUAUGGCUACUUCCUUCCCCUGAUGACCAUUCUCGGCGAGAUUGUCGACCUUCACCACGCCAGGAACCACCCCCGCUUUGGUGUUGGCUUCCGCUCCUCACGGGAGUGGGACGAUCAGACAUCAGAAAUCACUCGGCAUCUCGAAAUCUAUGAGCGGAGCUUGAAGAGAUUCGAGCAGCGCAACCUGAGCCUCAGUGCGCAAGCGCAAGCUGCCGAUGAGAAGGCCGCCGAGGCUGCCGGUGUUCCUACGGCCAACGAUAUGCCUACUGAUAUUGGCACCCCAUCGGUACACAGCGUUCACAGCGUCCACACCAACUCUAGCCGGAUGACAGAGAGCGACAUUCAAACUCGCAUCGUCAUGGCCUACGGAACUCAUGUCAUGCACGUACUACACAUACUCCUUACCGGCAAGUGGGAUCCUAUCAACCUCCUCGAUGACAACGACCUCUGGAUCAGUAGUCAGGGCUUCAUCACCGCCACUGGGCAUGCUGUCUCAGCCGCCGAGGCCAUUAGCAACAUCCUCGAGUUUGACCCCGGUCUUGAGUUUAUGCCUUUCUUCUUCGGCAUCUACCUUCUCCAAGGCUCGUUCCUCCUCCUAUUGAUUGCCGAUAAGCUGCAGCUGGAGGCGUCACCAAGCGUGGUCAAGGCCUGCGAGACAAUCAUCCGCGCCCACGAGGCCUGCGUCGUGACACUCAACACAGAGUACCAGCGCAACUUCAGCAGGGUCAUGCGCAGCGCUCUGGCCCAAGUUCGGGGCCGUGUUCCCGAGGACCUCGGUGAGCAACAUCAACGUCGGAGGGAGCUGCUGGCCUUGUACCGGUGGACAGGUGACGGCACUGGCCUAGCGCUUUAGACAGCACACCCCCCUGUCUUACGCUCCCCAAUAUUCGCCCAUAUACCCCCUUAUCUCUUGGCAUUCGCCCCAAAUGCCGAGCUACACUUAUAUAUAUCUUCUAUUUAUUUUCUAAUUCUCGCUAUACAUACACGGUGGGCUUUGGUGGUCUUUGUUUUGGAUGGCGUUCUUCACACUGGCUUGUUCUCAAACCCCAAAAGGGAAGGGGGGGGGGGAAGAGGGGUUUGGAUGGUGGGUUGGGUUUUUUUCUUGAUGGUCAGGUUGGGCUUUCCUUCGGUUUCUCUCGGCGGGUGGCGAUGGCGGGCUUUCUGUGGGUGGGUGGAUAUGGUGGGUUUUUUAUGAACUUGUGAACGAAACUUUUUUGGGAUGUCAGCCGAUCGACCACAUUACACGGGAAUCAAAAACGGUCUGGUUUGUAUUUUGGAAUUUAGGUGUGUCUGUCUUUUAUUGGAUUUCAAAAUAGGUUCAAUGUCCUCUUUUUUCCUACGACGAUGUUCAACAAUGUGUAUUUGUGCCAUACAAAAAGGUUGGGUUCUCGGCGUUGUAUUCAACUUUUGGCU